CGCCCCUGUGGGGAGGUGAAGGCAGAGCCCAGGCUCCAGCCACUGUACACGGUGUGCAGGAAUUCCCAGGCUCCUGCUUCUAUUACGUCUUCAUCUUGGCACCAGAGCCAGCCUUUACCUCAGGCUCUCCUGAGCUUCCUCCUCGGGAAAGCCCACCUAUUCCCCUGAGGAGAACAGGCUGCGGAGAAGAGGGAGCCAGAAUCAACCAGCCCUGGAGAGGCUGCGGAGAGUCACCCUCUGACUUACUGCCAAGAACAAAGAGGCAGGCCUCAUGGCUGAGUGAGCCUUCCUUGAGCUCAGCAAUCUAGCCCAGCAUGGUCCAGACCUGUGAGGAGUGCUCCAGACCACAGCCACCGACCUUGUCUUUGGGGGAAGCCAUGACCCAACCUCCACCCACCAAAGCCCCAGCCAAGAAGCAUGUGAGGCUGCAGGAGAGAAGGGGCUCCAGUGUGGCUCUGAUGCUGGAUGUGCGGUCUUUGGGCACCGUGGAACCCAUCUGCUCAGUGAGCACACCCAGGGAGGUCACCAUACACUUUCUGCGCACAGCCGGACACCCCCUUACAUGCUGGGGUCUACAGCACCAGCCACCCAGCCCUAAGCAGCUAGAGGAGGAGUUCUUGAAGAUCCCCUCAAACUUUGUCAACCCUGAAGACCUGGAUAUCCCUGGUCAUGCCUCCAAGGACCGAUACAAGACCAUCUUGCCAAAUCCCCAGAGCCGUGUCUGUCUUGGCCGGGCUCAGAGCCAGGAAGAUGGAGACUACAUCAAUGCCAACUACAUCCGAGGCUAUGACGGGCAGGAGAAGGUCUACAUUGCCACCCAGGGCCCCAUGCCAAACACUGUAGCAGACUUCUGGGAGAUGGUGUGGCAGGAAGAAGUGGGCCUCAUUGUCAUGCUCACCCAGCUCCGAGAGGGCAAAGAGAAAUGUGUACAUUACUGGCCCACAGAAGAGGAAACCUAUGGGCCCUUCCAGAUCCGCAUCCAGGACAUGAAGGAACACCCAGAAUAUACUGUGAGACAGCUUACCAUCCAGCACCAAAAGGAAUGCCGCUCAGUGAAGCACAUACUCUUCUCUGCCUGGCCAGACCACCAGACUCCAGAAUCGGCGGGGCCCCUGCUGCGCCUGGUGGCUGAGGUGGAGAGCCCAGAGACAGCAGCCAACUCUGGGCCUAUCGUGGUUCACUGCAGUGCAGGGAUUGGCCGGACAGGCUGCUUCAUCGCCACCCGCAUCGGCUGCCAGCAGCUGAAGGCCCGAGGGGAAGUGGACAUUCUGGGCAUCGUGUGCCGAUUGCGCCUGGACAGAGGCGGCAUGAUCCAGACUGCAGAGCAGUACCAGUUCCUGCACCACACGUUGGCCCUGUAUGCAGCCCAGCUGUCCCAGGAGCCCAGCCCCUGAACCCCAGCCCUCCUCCAAUCCAGGGACCAGCCUCCCCUCAGGCCUGGGACCAUGGACCUGGGGAAGUGGGCUGUGUGCAGCUCUGGGGCAGCUCCUUCAUAAGCCCAGGAAAGGAAGCCCCAGUGGUGAGAAUGCUUACAGUCCAGGAAAUUGUUCCAGCAAGCAACAGGGGCCAGGCCACGGGUCUUCACCAUGACCACUCUUCUGCCUUCUCCAGUGGCCCCCGUGGACUCUAGGGGAGCUUCUGGUGGCUCUGAAUUUAUAGAUUGGAGCUGGUACUUGGAAUGGAUUGAGAAAGAAACUGGGGAGCUGGUUUUCUUUCACAUGCCCUCUGUGGCCUUUUUUACUUGUUGAUGACAUAAGCCGUCUGUCAUAGAAGCAAACAGAUGUUCCUGAAAGCCAUUCCAGAUGUAGCCAAACUAUUGGGGCUGCUGAGGCAGUCACUGCAGGAUUCUCUUCCAUUAAGGCCUUGGCCACACACAGGCCAGAUGCAAGAGCAGGGAAAAGUCUCGUCUAACGUUGGCUAAAUCUUCUACAUCCCAAAUAGACUGCUCCUGCCCAUACACCCGUGAGUGCUAGAUGACCCCUCAGAAGAGAGCAAGGACCCUAACCGGCUUGCCUCCACACGUGUCGCAAAAGGAGAUGCAGAGGUAACCAGUCUAGCAACUGAGAUCACCGAAAGAGCCCAAGUGUGAUGAUGCAUCCCUAUCAUCCCAAGAACACUCAGGAAGCCAGGCAUUGGUGGCGCACACCUUUAAUCCCAGCACUCAGGAGGCAGAGGCAGGCGGAUCUCUGUGAGUUCGAGACCAGCCUGGUCUACAAGAGCUAGUUCCAGGACAGGCUCCAAAGCCACAGAGAAACCCUGUCUCAAACAACAAAAACAAAAAACAAACAAUAAAGAGCACUCAGGAGCAGAAGCAGGAGGAUUGCUGCAAGUUUGAGACUGGCUGGCGAGAUCUACAUUUUGAGUUCCAGGUCAGCCAGAACUACAUAGCAAGACCUCUUAAAUUGCCAAAAACAAAACAAAACAAAACAAAAAAAACAGCACUCUUGAGCUCCCUGGAAGAGGUAAUGUAUGGGGACCAUUCAGAGCAUUCAGAGAUCAGCAGGCUCCCGCUGCCUCUAUGACUUCCUGCCAUCUGUUCCCCUGCCACUCUCUAGGGAAGCUCAGCACACUCUGCUUGCUUCCAUGGCUUUAGAGCAUUCCCUGGAUACCCAUGAAGUACCAAAGAAAGAGAAGGAGAAACAAAGGUUCUGGAAAACCUACCCACCCUACCUUCCUGGGCCUGUAUUUUGUUGCAGAGCACACCUGGACAGCUUAACUGGUUCCAGAAACAGGCUGGGCUGCUACCACUGCACACAGCACAGGGCUAAGACAGAGCCUCAGGCCUCAUCCAUCUCAACAUCGGUACAAUUUUCAGGGGACCCACAACCUAUCUCAGGGGUGAACUAUAUACCCCAGAAAGCCAGAGAAACCCUGAGUCAUCUUUGAUCCAGUUUGGGCUGCCUGUGAGGAUGAAGGCAAGACACUAUCCCUGCAGUCUGGACCUCAGCUCCUAGAUGUGCUGUGGUUGGCCUGACUCCUCUGUGAAAACCAUCAGGAGCUCGGUCCUGGUGAGUGCCCUAUGACUUCAUGGCAUCUCUCUGAAGGACACAGGUGCUGCUGGGCAUGGUGGCACAAGCCUAUGACCUGCACUUGGAAAGUAGAGGCAGGAGAAUCAAGAAUUCCAAACUAAGCCGGGCGUUUGGUGGCGCACACCUUUAAUCCCAGCACUCGGGAGGCAGAGGCAGGUGGAUCUCUGUGAGUUCGAGGCCAGCCUGGUCUACAGAGUGAGUUCCAGGACAGCCUCCAAAAAACAAUACAGAGAAACCCUGCCUCGGAAAAAAAAAAAAGAAUUCCAAACUAGCCUUGACUGUAUGAGAGCCUAUCUAAAAAAGCAAAUAAACAAGAAGAAACUAAA